CGUCCUGCUCGCUCCGACAGACCGCCAGAUCGACCACUCUGCAACAGGAAGGACCUCCUCGCAUCAGGGCAUGGCGCUCGCGUCCACCUCCGCCACCGCCUCAGCGGCCGUGCUCCAGACCCCGUUCCUCGGGGCCAGGCGCGCGCUCGCCAAUGCCUCCUCGGUCGCGGCCAAGCCCGCGCCUCGCCGCGCGCUCGUCGUCGCCGCUGCCGCCGUCAAGAAAUCCUGGAUCCCCGCCUUCAAGAGCGACGCCGAGAUCGUCAACCCGCCCUGGCUCGAUGGCUCGCUUCCCGGUGACUUCGGGUUCGACCCGCUGGGUCUUGGCAAGGAUCCCGCUUUCCUCAAGUGGUACAGGGAGGCGGAGCUGAUCCACGGUCGGUGGGCGAUGGCGGCUGUGCUGGGCAUCUUCGUCGGCCAGGCAUGGAGCGGCAUCCCGUGGUUCGAGGCCGGCGCCGACCCGGGCGCCAUCGCGCCCUUCUCCUUCGGGUCCCUCCUCGGCACGCAGCUGCUGCUCAUGGGAUGGGUGGAGUCGAAGCGGUGGGUGGACUUCUUCAACCCGGACUCGCAGUCCGUGGAGUGGGCCACGCCGUGGUCGCGCACCGCCGAAAACUUCUCCAACUUCACCGGCGACCAGGGCUACCCUGGUGGCAAGUUCUUCGACCCGCUCAGCCUCGGCGGCACCAUCAAGGACGGCGCCUACAUCCCCGACGAGGAGAAGCUUGAGCGGCUCAAGCUGGCCGAGAUCAAGCACUCGCGCCUCGCCAUGCUCGCCAUGCUCAUCUUCUACUUCGAGGCCGGGCAGGGCAAGACGCCGCUCGGCGCGCUCGGCCUAUGAGUCACCGUACUCAUCGAUCGAAUCGGCCGAGUUAGUUUUCUCUCGCGCGCGCGGUGAGGGACGGCUGCAUCAGAUCAGGACCAUGCGUGCAUGGGAUCGGCUAGGGAUCAAAGAAGAAGCGGCAGCAAUGUAUCCGUGUUCGUGGCUUCUUUUGGGUGGUGUGCUGCGUGAAUCGACUGGGGAGUUUCUUUUUUUUCCAUGUAUGUACCAUGUAAUAUAUAGCCUGGAUCGAUUUCUGGAAUCAAUGAAGGCAGGAUGAGUGAGGACA